GUUGAUAAAUUUGGCAUAAUCACCAUUAAUGAUGGUCCUUUUAUGUGUUUGGUGGCCAAUUGACCAAUUCAUUGGAUGAGGGUUUGAUUUCUUCUGUCCGCCAUCUUCACCCUGAACCUGAACCUGAAUCCAUACAAAAUCGUGAUUAGAUUUUGAUUUUUGAGCAGAAUGUACCACCACCACUCCUCAAGGUUGAUUCAACCAGGGGAAGCCUGCAUAGAUGUUGCUUCUCUUCAUCGGGCUAUAGGUGUUGGUCUGGGUGGAGACCCUUGCCUCCUCCUUACUUCUGAUCCUAAACCUCGCCUCCGUUGGACUGCUGACCUUCACGACCGUUUUGUUGAUGCCGUUUCUCAGCUUGGUGGCCCUUCUAAAGCUACUCCAAAAGCUAUUAUGCGGGCGAUGGGUGUAAAGGGUCUUACUCUCUUCCAUCUAAAAAGUCACCUCCAGAAAUACAGACUAGGUAAGCAAUCUGGGAAAGGUUUAUGUGAACCCAACAAUGAUGGACUCUCAGGUUUGUAUCAUAUGGAGAGCCCCCAAGUGAUGUGUUCUUCUCAAAGCCUGGAAACUACUCAUGUGAACGAGGGUUACGAAGUAAAGGAAGCAUUGAGAGCUCAAAUGGAAGUCGAAAGUAGAUUACACCUGCAGGUUGAAGCUGAGAAACACUUGCAGAAACACCAGGAUGCAGAGAAAAGGUAUCUGAUAAUGCUAGAGAAGGCCUGCAAGAUGCUUGCUGAUCAAAUCAUCGGAAGUGAAGAAAUGAAUGGCUCUCAAACGGAAUAUGCUGAAGCUGAAAAGCGAUCAGGCGUGUAGCACAGAUUGUACUGACGAAAGCUGCUUGACUUCACAUGAGAAGCCUCUACUGCUGCGGGGUCGGUUUGCCUUUUGAAAGACAUAAAGCCGGGGAGAAGAGGUGACGUCGAAGUCGAUCUGUUGGAAUGUUCUGUUUGUAGUUUGAGGAAAGUCUGGGUGUCUAACAGGCUUCUCUAGUUUUGUAGUAUAAUUAUAUGGAAUCUUAACAUGCUAGUAGAUGUCAAAUGGAUGUGGGCUAUAUUACCUUUUGUUUGUUUAUGGUACUUUUUUUAAAUCAAAUAAGAUGAUGUUCAAAA